AUGGCAAUGCUCGCAGAGCCCAGACGAAAACAAAGAUGGACGCUGAACCCACGAGGCAAGCAGUGGAGUGACGACUCCACAAAAUUCGGGCAAAGAAUGUUAGAAAAAAUGGGUUGGACGAGCGGAAAAGGUCUUGGUGCCUACGAGCAAGGAGUCACUGAACACAUCCGCGUCAAACACAAAGAUGAUCAAGCCGGUCUUGGUUUCUCAAAAGACAAACAAGAAAAAUUGUGGACAGAAACACAGCAGAAUUUCAGUCAACUUCUUCAGCAGCUUCGAGCCGGAGACUCUCCGAGUGCAACUGAAAAAUACGAAGAUUUGAGUCUCAGUGGUAAAUCAUUGGAGCUGAAGUCCCAGCAGAGUCGCGCUCGUGUCCACUACAAAAAGUUCACCCGAGGAAAAGACGUGAACCGCUAUAGCGCCAAAGACCUCGCGAACAUAUUCGGUAAAAAAGAUUUAACUGAGUUACCGACCGUGAGCUCUGCAGCAGAGCCGGUAGGUGCGGAAGAUACUACAGCAGGAGUCCUGACAAUAAAGGGCGGUUCGAUGGAGGAUUACUUCAAGAGCAAGCUUCCUCACCAUUUGUCAAAGAAGUUUUCUUCAGAAAAAGAAGACUCUGAGAGCGAGGGCGAAAGGUACGUAGGUUUUGGUUUUUCUGGAAAUUCAAACUCGGAUACUCCCCGGAAGCGUAAGAGCCAAUUUUACGUUGACAACACUUCCGAGGCGACUAUUAUCGACGAAGUCCAGGAGCAAACGCCUAAAAAACGGAAGCUCCAGAGCUUCGCUUUUGAAAAUCCGGGGUUAGAUCUUGUCGCUAAAGACUCUUCUGUUCCUUCGAACAAAAUGGAGGUCCCAAGGCCGUUUGUGGCUCUGGAAUGCAUUCCUCACGAUGAGGAUGAGAUUCCUGUAGAAGUCGAUCAGAGUAUGGAGAAAACUCCAAAGAAAAAGAAGAAAAAGAAAGAUAGCGAGGUUGGGUUCGUAAAUGACGCCCUUAAUUUGGAAACCAAAGAUGUCGAUAGUUACUCGGAAGCUUUUGAGGUUCCGAGAGAAGUUUUGGGCCUCGCUAACGACGCGCUUGACCUUACCGACGAGGCUAGCGGAAAGAAACGCGUUACUUUUAAUGACACUGUUGAGUACAACACUGAUAAGGUUAAAAAGAAGAAAAGUUGCGUUAAAUUGGACAAAUUUGAGGUCGUGGAUGAUAAAUGUAAGAAAAAGAAAAAAUCUAAGAGCAUUUUGGUCAAUGGCGAAAGCAGUUUUGUUAACGAGGCGCUAGAUGUCGAGAUUGUUAAUGAAGAAGUCUGCGAUAACGAAGCCAACGAGCGUAAAAGCCGCGGUAAGCGGAAGCGCCAAAAAAGGACUAAUUUGGAGACUAUUGAGGAAGUUGAGGAGAAAGUUGAUGCUAAUAGUGAGGAUUUGGUUCAGAAUACUAGCGAUAAUUUGGGAGAUAUGACUUUAGAAACUCCCAAGAAGAAGAAAAAAAAAAGGAAGGAUAAGGAUAAGGAGAAAGUUGAGGUUGAAGAGGUUAGGAUGGAUGUUGACGAAAGUGGUAACAAAGAAAAUUUUAGCGAUAGCAAGUCGGAAGGUGUUGUUAAGAAAAAGAAAAAAAAGAGCAAGGAAAGUGAACAGGUUGUUCCAGAGGAAAAUAAGACAGUUGAUGUCGAGGAUUUGGACGCUUUCUUGAGGACUAAGAAGGGAAGGAAGUCUCAGUUGUUUAAGUCGUUGUUCAAAAAGACCCCGGUUGUUAAUUUUGUUGGGUCUAAUAUUAGUAAGAUUGAAGGUUAUAAUGUUAGUGCGCUUGGGAAAGAUUUUUUCGAAGGCGUAAAUCGAAACUCAGUGAGCGCGGAGAACCUCAGUGACGUUGAUAACCCCCUGGCUUCCAAUGCCAAGGCGAAUCGUAAAACCCGUCGUCGCAAGUCAAGAAGCGCUAAUGAGUUUAACACCAAGGUCAAGACAACGAACGCGUCAUCCGCUGACGGGAAGAGAGAGUACAAGAGGAAUGACACAUACCAAAAUUACCCGACUGCUUCCAAUUCCGCUCCUCAUAUCCAAAGCAUUUACUCUGCUCGGGACAAUCAUCAUGCCACUCUGAGACCCAGAAGUUCUUCAAAAACUCUGGUCACUCCUUACUACCCCUCUGAAGACAAUGCCGCAUACGGAGAAAAUUGGCGAGACCAUGAAAUAGAAGGACCUAGCGGAGCAAUUGCAACUCCCCAUGGAACCAUUUCACUGCGACUUCACAAUCGCAUUAGAGUUGACAUGACUGUAGACCGUGCCGUUAGAGUCAUCAACUUCAAGAACAACAUUGUACUAUCGUUAAGCGGAUCUGGAUCAGCUGCUGCUCUUCUUCACCCCAAUGGACGGAUUUAUCAGUAUGGCUCACGUGUGGAAAUUCUUGCUCAUGACUCCCAUGGAAAUAAUAAGUACGCCAAGAUGUGGUACAAAGGAGUGAGCUUCACUUCGGAACAAUGCGCUCUGGUGUACUUGGUUGAUGCAGCGGGAACAAGAACUACGACUGAUUCAUUUUCAGAUAUGAGUCAGGAUUUUUCAUUGGGUGUUUUUUACGCUGAGUCAAGGCACGGUCCAGCAUGUCUCCAAGAAGCAGCAGCUGCUCUUAGCGCAGCUCAGUACUGGGUGACUGACGAAGGAGUUUAUGAUAUCGCGAUUAAAUUCAAAUAA